AAGUUCGUUAAUUCCUUUCCCGCUUUUAUUCUAAUCUUUCAAAUACACACACUCAGAAAUUCUCAAUUUAAUCAUUGAUUUCGUAAACUUUUCCAUUAUCCAUUAAUUGCACAACAUCUAAUUUUUACACCAAGAUUAUGCAUAGUUUAUUUCUCUGUAAGAAUAAAUCCCAAAAUUUUAUUCAUUCAAUCAGAAAAUGUUAUUUUUCCAUUUCUACUACAAAUUUUUCCUUACUUAAUCACUUGAAAAACAAUUGUUCCACUCUAAAACACCUAGACACUGUAUAUGCUGCAAUGAUCAUAACCAAAACUACCCAAGAUUGUUUCUUAAUGAACCAAUUUAUCACAGCUUGUUCCACUUUUAACCACAUAAAUUUUGCAUUUUUAGCCUAUACCCACAUGGCAAGUCCCAAUCUUUUUGUUUACAAUGCAAUGACUAGAGCCUUUGUCAAAUGCCAUCACCCAAUUCAAGCACUUGUUUUGUAUACACGCAUGUUGAGGGCUGGUAUUUUGCCUUCAAGUUACACGUUUUCGUCGUUAAUUAAAGCUUGUAGCUUAGCAUUUGAAGCUGAGUUUGGAUUGGCUGUUCAUUGUCAUGUUUGGAGACUCGGGUUUGUGUCGAAUGCGUUUGUUCAGACGGGUUUGAUUGAUUUUUAUUCGAGUUUUGGCAGGAUUGUUGAAUCGACAAAGGUGUUCGAUGAAAUGCCUGAGAGAGAUGUUUUUGUUUGGACUACUAUGGUUUCUUGUCUUGCUAAGGCUGGAGAUAUGAGUUCCGCGAAAGGGUUGUUUGAUUUGAUGCCGGAGAAGAAUACAGCUGCUUGGAAUGCUUUGAUUUAUGGGUAUGCGAAAUUGAGAGAUGUGGAGUCUGCGGAGUUUCUGUUUGAUCGGAUGGAUGUAAGGGAUAUUAUUUCGUGGACAACUAUGAUUAGUUGUUAUUCUCAGAAUAAGAGGUUUAGAGAAGCAUUAGUAAUUUUUAAUGAAAUGACAAAAGCGGGGUUUUGUCCGGAUGAAGUGACGAUGGCAACUGUGUUUUCGACAUGUGCUCAUCUCGGAGCUCUUGGACUAGGCAUGGAGAUACAUCUUUAUGCGAUGCAGAAUGGAUUUGACCUUGAUGUCUAUAUAGGGUCUUCGUUGAUUGAUAUGUAUGCUAAGUGUGGGAGCUUAGAUAGGUCCCUGUUGGUGUUCUUCAAGUUGCGAGAAAAGAACCUUUUCUGUUGGAAUUCGGUGAUUGAAGGGUUAGCAGCUCAUGGAUAUGCAAAAGAAGCAUUGACAAUGUUUGAUAAGAUGGAAAUGGAGAAAAAUAAGCCUAAUGGGGUUACGUUUAUUAGUGUAUUAAACGCCUGCGCUCAUGCAGGGCUUGUUGAACAAGGUCGUAAGAGGUUUGAGAGUAUGAUGCAUGAUUAUUCAAUUCCACCUGCCAUUGAGCAUUAUGGAUGUAUGGUUGAUCUAUUGAGCAAAGCUGGCUUGCUAGAAGAAGCGUUAGAACUGAUAAGAAAUAUGAAUUUUCAACCAAAUUCUGUUAUUUGGGGUGCUUUAUUAGGUGGAUGUAAACUUCAUAGGAACUUAAAGAUUGCUCAGAUUUCCGUCGAUGAAUUGAUGGUUUUGGAGCCAGGCAAUGCUGGGCAUUACACUCUUUUGGUUAACAUGUAUGCUGAAGUUAAUAAGUGGGAUAAGGUGACAACGAUGAGAAGGACAAUUAAGGAACAGGGAAUAGAAAAGAAACAGCCCGGGUCCAGUUGGAUUGAGAUGGAAAGAGAAGUUCAUCAAUUUGCAGCAUCUGAUAAAUCUCACCCAGCUUCCGAUGAGAUAUAUUCAUUGCUCACUGAUUUGGAUGGUCAGCUGAAGCUAGCUGGGCAGAUCACCAGGCUCUGGUCUAUCUUAUAGCCAUUUGUUCUUUAUGGAGUGUAAAUAAAAUUGAUCAUCUUAUUUGAUACGAAUGAUUGAUGCUUCAUGACAGUUUUCAGGCAGAUGGCUCCAGAACAAGCUUGGGAAUUGCAAAAUGUGGUUAAGCAGAGGUAGUUGAGCUGGUGCUUAUUAGAUGAAAUCUCAUAUGAAUGUGGUAAUCCUGAUAGCUAUGAGGAAAUCGUUAUGUUUGUUAAUUCCUUUUACUUGUACAAUUUGGCUUUUGAAGUUAAAAGGUUCAGUUCCUACUUUAACUAACAUUAGCCUUAAAAUCCAGUGUUCAACUGACAGGAGAUUUAGUCAUACACAAGCUCAAUUGGAAUUUUUAAUGCCGGAGGCUACUGAAAUAAAGAGAGUGCUUACAUUUGAUGAGAGAAGCUGUUGUAUGAAACCGGACCUUCAUGUUUCUUAAAAUGGGAAUGCAAUUGAAUGUGUUUCGGAUUCGAAAUCUAAGUCGGAAAGUAAGAAUUUGCAAUUGAGGAAGGUCUUUCAUGCUCGUCUUGAGGAUUUUGUUAAAGCUUUGCCAGAGAGCUUGAAAUAUGUAGUCAGGGUAAUGAAAUUCCAGAGGAAAUACUUCCAGAGCCUUUUUAUCGGAAGAUUUGAGUCCAGAUGGGACUAAAGCCGGGGCCUCGUCAUCAACCCCCAAAACAUCCACUAAUGAACAUUCCAGCAGAAGUGUCAAACCAGCUAUAGCAUCACAUUUCCCACGAUCUUUCACAAGUCGUUUCUCUCAGAAUAACUGCAGAAGAAAACAAUUGCAGCAAAUCUCCAAUUAUUAGUCCUCAAGAAUCAGUUUUUCCAAUUCCUGAGCCGCAAUGUGAAAAGGCUGCUCCUAAUGUGGAAAUAGAAUCUGCUUGCAUCCGCACACCUUGUCUCCUUGCAACUCCUUGCAAAGAAAUAGAUACUACAAAAAAGACCGUUCCUGCUAGAGAAACACCUAGCCUCGUGUCAACUCCUGAAAAGCUUGUUUUGACUCCAUCUAAAUUAAUGUCAGUCACACCUUCCCCACAGUCAUAAAAAAGAUGUUAUAUGACCCCAGAUGACACAUCUACUAGCUUUGCAGAUAAACUAGUUCGACGGCCUGCAGGAUCCAGGUCUCUAAAAUCUGAAGCUGUGGAUGAAAAUGGCUCUAAUGAUGUAUCAGCUGAAGAAGAUAUUUUAAAGAUUUUUACAGAAAGCCUUUUGCAAUCUGUCAGGAAAAAUGCAAAAUACAUGCGCGAGGUGAAGAUGAAGUCAGAAUACCAUUGACAUUGGUUCAGAAAAUCUUCUAGAAGCAGUAGAGACAAUGUAUACUAAAGUGACAGUGACAGGAAAUAUGAGAAGUUUGUGCAACCUCUAUCAACAACUGAGAACAUAGCAGACAACUGAUUCAAAAUUGUAAUAAGGAGCCAAGAGAGCUUGUGGGGCAAAGCUCCAUCUAUGAAACUGAUUCAAGCUGGAGAAGAGAGCUGGGAAAUGGGAAUCCAAUCCAAAGUUUCUUGAAGAACAGCUUAUGAAACAGAAUUCGCGAUGCUUGUCGAGGUAAAUACAUGUCAUUUGUUGUCUUAGAUUCAAAUGUUGUCCAUUUUGCUGCUUAUCUUAACGAUUAAAAAUGUUAAAAAAAAUAAAAAUAAUUGACACAUGAGAAGACCGGAUAUCAUUGUUCAAAUUAUGUCUUUUAUAACUUUUCCUUCAAUUUUUUUACCUUUAGUUCUCUGUAUUUUCAAGUAUUUUGGUUCACUU